AUGUCCUGCAGUAGCAGCUUGAAGCCGCAGCCGAUGACGCGCCGCAUUGUGCGCCGCCCGCUGCAGUUCGCAUCACCUGCUAAGGAGCAGAAAUACCGCGCUGAAAUGGACCACGUGCAGCGGUAUAUCUGCGAACAGGUCGGCGGGCUUGAUGAGGCCUCGAGCCAGCUACUCGGCGUGCACGACAGUCGCUCUCGCAGCCACUAUGAGGAGAUCCAGGAGUUCCUGGAGCGCAAACAGCAGCUCGAGCAGCAGCAACAGACCGCUCAGCCGACCAAUGAGCGCGUGCUCAUUCGCAGCCUCGACGAGUACCUGAACGAAUUAGAUCCGAGCCUGUUCGUCGAGCACACGCCGGUCCCGCCCAAGAGACUCGCAGUCGCCAACUUGCCAGCGCACAGCAGUUACAUCCGCCGAAAGCAGGAGGAGGCAAUGCUCGGCCGACUGUGGGCCAAGUAUCAGGUCACCGAGGUCGAGCGCUGCGUGGUACCCACUGUUUCGUGUGGCGGCCCGCUUAAGCGCCAGCGGGUCAUGUGA